AUGGCUUUGGUUGAGAAGAAGGGUAAGAAGCCACCGCAAGCUCAAACCCAUCUCCCACCAAAACCAUACAAUCUGCCACCUUCAUAUUAUGCACCGCCGCCCUAUUUGCCUUCUGUUUAUCCGCCACAUCUUCCCUAUCCGCUACCCGAUUGUAGCUGUGGGGGUGAUGAUGGUAACCUUCAACAUUUUGGGAAGCUAUGCUACUCGUGUUGGCUUAAACAACAACCAUAUGGUGGCUUCGGCAUCGGCAACAUUGGCCCUCCACCCCCUACCAGCGGCUAUGGCAGCAGUGGCAAUGGUGGCAAUAGCAGCAACUAUGGCAGCAGUGGCUCUAGCGGCACAGUUUUGAACCACUACGACCCAUAUUGGACAAUCCCAGACCACAGACGUUUCUGCUAUGGUUGGUAUGAUGAAGAUGAAGAGGAAGGCGAUCAUGGAUCAUCUCCUGCUGGGAAUCCAUUUAAAGGAACGGUCACUGCACCGCCCAUUCCCAAGGCACGCCCUCAUCGUGAAGAAGAAACUAAAAGAAAGCCGAAUGUCUUUAACAAGUUCUUAAGAACCGUCCAACAUCUUCAGAAGAUUGAGAGUUUUAUAGUUGCGAGCGAGGUCGAUGGGCGGAGAUUUGCGUUUGUUAAUCUGGACGCUGGAAUGGCCUCUCAGUUAGUCACCAUUAAACUGCUCCAAAGGCUCAAUUCUAGGUUCGGGGAGUUAUACACAGAAGAAAACGUAGCAAUAAGUGGAAUCCACACCCACGCCGGCCCCGGCGGCUACCUACAGUACUUGGUGUACUCCAUAACAUCCCUCGGCUUCGUCCAGCAAUCCUUCGACGCCAUCGUUGACGCCAUCGAGCGCAGCAUCGUCCAAGCCCACCGCAGCCUCAAACCGGGUGCCAUCUUCAUCAACAAAGGCGACGUCGAGAAUGCGGGCAUAAACAGGAGCCCGAGCGCUUACCUUAUGAACCCGGAGGAGGAGCGAGCUCGGUAUGGGGCCAACGUGGACACGGAAAUGACACUUUUGAAGUUGGUGGAUGGGGCGAGCGGGCAGAGCCUAGGCGCCUUCAGCUGGUUCCCGACGCAUGGGACUUCCAUGAGCAGAGAUAAUAAACUCAUCAGUGGGGAUAAUAAGGGCGCCGCUGCUAGGUUCUUUGAGGACUGGGCCACUUCCACACUUAACAAUAACAUAACCUCCUCCUCCAAGAGGACGUCAGAUCUGAAUUUUACAGACAUUGAAGUGGAGUUGGAUGAGAAGCAUAUGGUGAAGACUUGCCCGGCUGCCCUCGGCCCUGGUUUUGCCGCUGGAACUACGGACGGCCCUGGUGUGUUCGGCUUUCAACAGGGUGACACAGAGAUCAAUGAGUUGUGGAGGAAGUUGAGAGAUACGUUGAGGAAGCCGAGCGACUUUCAGGUGGCCUGCCAGAAACCCAAGACGGUUUUGCUGGACACAGGGGAGAUGUUCCAACCUUAUGCUUGGGCGCCAGCAAUUCUUCCAAUUCAAAUUCUCAGGCUGGGAAAACUGAUCAUACUCUCUGUACCUGGAGAGUUCACAACAAUGGCGGGGCGAAGAUUAAGGGAAGCAGUAAAGGAAACUCUGAUAAGCAAUGGAAAUGGUGAAUUCGAUGACGACACCCAUGUUGUGAUUGCAGGGCUUACAAAUACUUACUCUCAAUAUGUGGCCACUUUUGAAGAAUAUGAACAACAACGAUAUGAAGCUGCUUCAACUCUCUACGGACCACACACUCUAUCAGCAUACAUUCAAGAGUUCAAGAAACUAGCAAAAGCAAUAGCCAAAGGUGAAAACAUAGCAAAGCCAAUAGUCUCACCACCGGACCUCUCAUCGGUCCAGCUCCGACUUGUGUUAGACCCUAUUGGGGAAUCACCGCGGAAUGGCAUCAACUUUGGAGACAUCCAACAAGACAUCAAAUUACCAGAAACUGGUUGGUUCAAAAGAGGGGAAAAACAGAAACCAACUGCCACAUUUUGGAGCGCAAACCCAAGAUUCGACCUGUUGACCGAAGGGACAUAUGCAGUGGUAGAAAGGUUAGAGAAAGAGCGAUGGACAUCGGUUUAUGAUGACGAUGAUUUCUCCUUAUUUUUCAAAUGGACAUUAGACAACAACACAUUCAUCAACAGCUUAGCGACUAUAGAAUGGGACAUCCCGAUCGAUGCCAAUCCCGGUGUGUAUCGCCUACGACACUUUGGAUCAUCAAAGACAAGUACAAACUCAACCAACAUAUAUUUCACCGGGGCUUCUCGCGCUUUUGCAGUGUCAUAGGUACACAAACAUUA